AGUGAGACUAGGGUUUUAGCAUAUUUAUACAGCUUUGUCCUCUCCUCUCCUUUCCCCCUCUUAUCUAUAACUCGCCGUCGUCUCCUCCUCGGCACUACUUGAAACCCAAAAGAUGCCAAAGCAAAUCCACGAGAUCAAGGAUUUCCUUCUCACCGCCAGAAGGAAGGAUGCACGAACUGUUAAGAUCAAGAAGAACAAGGAUAUGGUCAAGUUCAAGGUUCGUUGCUCCAAGUACCUUUACACACUGUGUGUGUCGGACUUUGAGAAAGCUGACAAGUUGAAGCAAUCACUUCCUCCAGGUUUGAGCGUGCAAGACCUGUGAAGAAGGAUUUAUGCUUUUCAUAGAGUUAUUAGGGAAUGAAGAAUUUGAAAGAACUCAAAUAUUUCCUUUGAAUAUCUUGCCCUCAGGCAUGUCUGAAGUUUUAUUUAAGCUUUUAGAUAUUGAUUGUUGCAUUACUUUUUACUCAUAAUUGACAGUAAUGUGAGUGAGCCUCAAUGGUGCCGAAUGAAUUUUGUUGUUAGAUGCCAAAGUUAAUGUUUUAUUUUGCCUCA